UAUGUUUCAACCUUAUGUUGUUGUUAUUGUUGUUUAUCAUCAAAUAGAUUAAUCUUUUCACUCUCAAUUAAUCUUUAAUGAGUCGAACAAUAAAUCUAAUGGGUCAAUGGGACACGAAUUAGUUUCAUCGAGAGUGAUUUUUUUUUCUCUCUUCCAUUUCGGAUACAUGGAUGUUAAUUGUUUCCUUUUUAAUCAAGAAUUCUAAUUGAGAUGAAACAACAAGAGAAAGAGAUCAGAAAAAAAAACUCCAACGAAACAAAAGAUUAAUUAUAAUUUCGAACUUUUUGUCGCCAUCUAUCGGAGAAAAGAGGAAAAAUUCUUUCAAGGAUUUUCUGGUUUUCUUUUUUUGUCCGAUCAGAGCUUCUAAAAGUUUAACUUUCACAACUAAAUGAUUAGACUUUGGACUUGGAUUCGAACGGUUUAUUUGGACUUUAGCCUGGACUUAUGGAUUCGAGGAAAAUUUUAAACUUUUUUUUAGAAAAUUUUUAAAUAUUCAUUAGACUUUAGACUUGGGUUCAAGUCUAAUUAGAUUUAAAUCUAAAGUCUAGAAGGCUAAUUACAGAAGCGAAAUUUCCGAUCAUUAAUCAUUUAAUUGUUUUCUUUUGUUAUAUAAUUAAUUUUGUUUAUCGGUUUUACAUUCGUGUUUAUAUAAUCUUUUUAAUUGUUUAUUCUCUCGGUAAUUUGUUUAAUUGUCUUCAUCUAAAAGUCGCGGUUUUCGGAUGUAAACAAACAGCAAAGGAGAAGGUGGAGUCUGGUGUUGAUCUGGUUUUCGGUUAAUUUUGUUUUUGUUUUGUUUCUUUCUCUUUUUUCCCAAUUAAAUGAUUAAUGUUAAUUGUUUACUACCCAUAGCAAAGUAAUUAAUUAUCUCUCUCCCUCACCCACCAAUUUCUAAUGGAGUGGAACUUGGAAUCUUUUGAUUCAUCUCUUGGUAAUUGUCUAUUUACUUGCCAACAACAGGAUUGGAUCUCUUUGGAUUCUCAUCUUGAUCUUGUUGUGAAAAAAAGUCACAUUUCAUUGAGAUCAAUUGUUCUUGAUUGUCCAUGUCUUCAAAACAUUUAUUCUCUUUUCAGGUUAAUUAAUGACCAUUACGGAGAUAAAAAAGAUGAAUGUUAUUAUCAUAUUCUCUGUAAUAUAUUUCGAUUAUUAAGAAAUUGUUGCGCCGGUUGUUCAGCUAAUCUUGAGCUUAUCGAAGGACACAGUGAUUUACUUUUUCUUUCAGGUGAUUGGCUUUCAGUUAAUUCUUGUCACCUUAAUCUCGAUCAAAGUGAAGAGAAAACAAAUAAACUUGAUGCUAUCAAAUGUCUUUUACAAUUCUAUGCCAAUAUCACCGCUGGACCAGAAUCGGAAAAAAGGCCAAUCAGAAAAUUUAUAUUCCAAGUUUUAAAUUGUAAAUCUGAUCCAUGGCUGAUUGUCAAUCCUGAUGAUAGUUUGGUGAAAGUUGCAAGUGCCGUUAUUUAUCAUUGCUUAUUGGACAACGAGGUUCUCAAUCAGUUCAUUUCAAAUGAAUCUCAUGUCGCAAGUCUGAUCAAUGGGCUUUUGUUGAAAUCUUUUGAUGAUCUUUCAGAAUGGAGUUUAUUUAUUGUGGAGCUUUUGUUGGGACAAAAUAUCAAUUUCAAAUCGAUUAUCGAUCAGUCCAAAAGUCAUCUAAAUAUUCUCGAUGUAAUUUGGAAAAUGGUUACCGAGGAUAAUGAUAAUCGAUGUAGAAUAAGAAUCAAGGAGAAUAAUAUUAAUAUUCUGGUUAAUCUAUUGAAGGAAAAACUCUUGAUGUUGUCACAAGAUGAGGUCAGAAACUGGACAACGGAUGAGGUCACAUUCAUUGCAAGACUGAUCAGUAUUGUUUGUGAGAUUUCUUGUAACGAAACUUAUCAAUCACCUUCACUUGAUGACGAUAAUUUGUUCAGAAAUACUAUUGGAGCUCUUAAAAGGAUUCAUUUCUUACAUAAAGCGAAAGCCUUGCGAGACCGAGAAUCGAAUCAGAAUUCUGAACAAAAUGGAGGCAAUUUGGCGACAUUGAAAAAAGAUUUAGUUCGCUUAGUAUCCAAUCUAGCUCACAAUCGACCAAAUUUACAAUUAAUUGCUUCUCAGAUCGAUGCAAUUCCAUUGAUUCUUGAUUUACACUCAUUCGAUAUGAAUAACCCUUUCAUCAGAGAAUGGGCCACGUAUGCGACAAGAAAUUUACUCUUUAAUUGUAACGAAAACAUGGAAAUAGCUCGAGGAUUGAAAGAUCUCAAUUUAACUACCGAUUCUGAUCUAAUGGAUAGACUUAAUCUUAAUCUGGUCGAUGGUAAAUUGGUACCGAAAAAAUCACCAGAACAAGAAUAGUCGAUUCGUUUUAAUAACUGUCACUACCUUUAGGUUUCUUGUGAUAAUUUUAAAGCUAAAUCGUUAUAAAUGACAUAUUUUCUGACAACGAAAAUGGUGUAAAUUUGUAAUAAUCGUUAGUUAAUUUAGCGAAAUGCAAAUUCAGCAACACAAUUGAACAGUAAAAAAAUCAUGACUACAA